AUGAAUUUCGUUUUUCGAUUGCACUUGUUGGACGAGCUCGUCGCAUGUCUGUCAGGAUGCCACUUGUCUUGGGGAAGCGGGUGGGAAGUUGCCGAUCAUGGCCCUCGCGAGAAGCUCUCAGCUGAUACGUUCAUGCGCAGAGCUCGACCGGACCCGCCUGAAGACCCGCUUCCGGUCAGCAAGCGCAAAAGCAAGAGUGGCAAGCGAAAGGCGGGACUUUGGCUGAACGCAGACUAUCCGCUGAGUUCGGACGAGCCGGUUCAGCCUAAUGCAUCUACUAGCGCUGAUGUGAUGGGUCCGAAACUCGGCGCAUUUGCCUUAAAGGCCUUCAAGGUGCCGACGAAGAAGCAGCUGGAGUUCUGGCAGACAGAUUCGGAAUCUAUGCCCGUGCGGCAUCACCUUCCGAACCCGAAGGAGCAGAGGAUGACCAGACAGCGACACAGGCACGAGCGGUGGAGUGGAGAUUGGCCACCUGCAGUGGUCAAGGAAGAGGCUUUUUGCCCGGUGGACGGGCCCUGCUUGAAGGAGGUCAAGAAGACAGAUGCAGACUCGAAACUUGCCACUGCCGCAGAGAGCGGAGAUUGGCAACCCGGCGGGGUCAAGGAAGAGGUCGUCCCGCAAAAAGAGGAUUCCAGUCCACAGGUCAAGACGACAGAUGCAGACUCGAAACUUGCCACUGCCGCAGAGAGCGGAGAUUGGCAACCCGGAGGGGUCAAGGAAGAGGUCGCCCCCAAGGAGGACGGCGAGGACGUGGCAAAUGCAAGCUUUGCGAGUGUUUGUCGUUUGUUGCAUGCAUGGUAUGCUAUAACUCAGCUGAUUGGCGCUGUUUGGAGGAGGUCAGGAUGGCAGAAGCGGGCUCGAAAGUGGCCAGUUCUGCUGUUCCCACACCUUCCGCGACAAGCCCCUUCGAAGGGCACCGACCAGAAGAUCGCGACGAGCUUGCACGUGCACCUUGGCGCCGUCAGCUUCCGAAACCCAAAAGGCGAAGGACAAACGGACUGCAGCUUCCGCAACUGGGCUGCAAGUGGUUCGCAACGGCGGGUCAAAGAAGAGGUCGUGCCGGAGAAAGAGGUCCAAUGGCAUUGUUUGAAGGAGGUCAAGAUGACGAAUGCGGGCUCGAAUGUUUCGGCUGCUGCUGCCCCUGCCGGGCAGCACCAUAUGUCGGUCCGACCGCAAGACCACCAAGAGCUUCCACCACCUUGGCGCCGUCGGACGAUCAGACGGCAGCUUCGGCUUCAGCCACCAGGCGGCAACUAA